CGCAAUGCCACCGAAAGUAACCUGAGCCCUGCAAGCAGAAGCAGGAAGAUCUCUUCAACCCAUUUCCGGAUAAUAAAAUAAACGCCAAACGCCAAACAACAAGAUGCCUCAAAUCUCCGAAGCAGUCAAGCGCGACCACGGGCUCAUCCAGCGCGCGUACCGCCGCCUCCGAAAUGCCGAUCCUGAAAGCCGUAACCCCAGCGAGUUCAUGUGGGUUUUGAACCGGUAUCUCAUGGUGGAGGACCUUGUUGUGUCUCCCAUCCUUGACAACCAUGUCGCCCGCGGCGGCGAGAGGCAUCGACGGCUAUCGGAUGACUACGACAGCAUGAAUGCAAAGCUGCGGCAUAUGCGGCGAUUUGACCCUUCCGACCCCAGCUUCGAAUCGGCACUGAGGGCCGUCUGGGUUGACCUCGAGCCUCACAUCAGGGAGGAAGCGUCCGGAGAUUUGGACUCGCUCGAGGAAAACCUUUCUAGGUCGGAGUCCGAGGCUCUAGGGAAGAAGUACGACGAUAUCAAGGACCUUUUGCAGCGGCCCUACGGGAAGAACGGCGUGCCCGACGAGAGGACCCUGUCCGCCAUCUUGGAGAUGCCGCGACAAGAGCUGAUGGUCAAGAUUGGCAUUAACGUGGCUUGAAGGACUCAAGGGGGUUUCAUCUCUUUUCAAGGCUCUUGAGAAGCAACGACGGUAUUCUUCUGCGGCGUCGCUUUCCCGCUUUUCGUGUCGGGAGUGGGUAGCUGGAUCGGUUAAAGAGUACGAGGAUGUGAAGAAAAAAGCAGUUUUCGUGGUUCACGACAUGUUGUGUCAGUCGUGUAAUUAUUAGGUCCUCCUGUCUGGCUCUCGACGAUGGAUGGAAAUAAGAAUCCGGGCCGUUGGCGAUCCAUCACUGCCAGAUCUGCCCCACCUCCACUGGCACCAAAUAA